AGCAGUAAAGCUGUGGGGAGCAGGAACCUGCCACAUGCCCCAGGAGGCAUUGCCAUGUCCCCCACUGCGUGCUUCAGCCCUCUGUUCCCUGCUUUCUCCUGACUCCUUGCCCUGACCCCCGCAGCCUAGCCUGGGGACCUGUGGGGGAACCUACUGAAUUCCUGGUCUCUGUUUGAACAGCCACCAUCCAGUUGCAAUGGAAACCUUUUUUAGGCGGCACUUUGGACGGAAGGGGCUGCGGCGCACCAGCGUGGUGGCCGUGCCCACGGGCAAGGCCAGGCGUCGCUCCCAGGUGGGGCUGCCCUCCACCAUGCUGGCCCAGCGCCGCCGCGGCUCCGGCACCCCAGAGGCUUCUCUCUCCUGCCUGGGCCUGGUCCGGCGUCCUGGCACCCGCCGGCGCUCCAGCACCACACCGCCCUGCCUCAGCCCCAGGUUCGCUGUGCAGGCGAAGCGCGGGGGUCAGGCACAAGCCAUUGAUGCCCAACUGCUGGGUCCCUCUGUCCUCCUGGCCAACCUUGUUCCCAUGGGAGAGGAGGGGGACAGGGCUCCCCACGCUGACAGCUCCACAUCCGAGUCUCUGGAGGAUGGUGGCGCAGCAGCAGAAGCUGACCAGGGCCAGCAUGAGCGUUGGGCUGAGGAGACGUGGCUGGCCAUGCUGCCUCAGCUGCGACCGCUCCAGGGGGGGCUGCUGUCACGGCGGCCCCGUUGCCUUCGGCGCUCUUCCUCCCACCACCUGCCCACCGAGGUCGUGUACAGCCGGGCUGCCUACGGCCUGCCGGGCCGCUACCGCCGCCUCAGCCAGCGCCGGCGCUCCAGCGAUGCCCUCCGACCGGGGCUGCUGCCCUCCAGCCACCCACGGCUGCUGGCCCAGCACUGUGCAGGGGUGGCCAGAGCCGGGUGCCCCUCUGCCACCCUCCCCGAGGGCGUGGGACCGAAGUCCGCCUGCCAUGCUGCCCCGGAUGGCUGGAGCCCCCGGUUGCUGAAAGCUAUUGCCAAAUCCAGUCUCCAACACAUGGUAGCCCAGCCAAACCCUGCACUCGCCCUGAGGAGCGACUCGGAGAGGCAGAUACGCAACACUGUGGACUGGAGCGAGACUGCGAUAUAUGGGGAGCACAUCUGGUUUGAGACCAGUGUCUCUGGGGACUUCUGCUACGUCGGGGAGCAGAACUGCAUGGCAAAGCUGUUGCAAAAACCACUCUCCAGGCGUAAGUGUGCAGCCUGCAAGAUUGUAGUGCAUACACCCUGCAUCGAACAGCUGGAGAAAAUAAAUUUCCGCUGCAAACCUUCCUUCAGGGAGUCAGGAUCCCGGAACAUACGGGAGCCCAUUGUUGUCCGGCAUCACUGGGUGCACCGGAGGCGGCAGGAAGGGAAAUGCCGGCAGUGUGGCAAGGGUUUUCAGCAGAAGUUUGCCUUCCACAGUAAAGAGAUUGUAGCCAUCAGCUGUUCCUGGUGCAAGCAAGCGUAUCACAGCAAAGUGUCCUGUUUCAUGCUGCAACACAUUGAAGAGCCCUGCUCGCUGGGGGCUCAUGCUGCUGUCGUCGUUCCUCCCACUUGGAUUCUGCGGGUCCGGCGGCCCCAGAAUCCACUAAAAUCUAGCAAGAAGAAGAAGAGGACAUCAUUCAAGCGGAAAUCCAGCAAAAAGGGGGCCGAGGAAGGGAGGUGGAAACCCUUUGUCAUCAAACCCAUGCCAGCUCCUCUUAUGAAGCCCUUACUGGUGUUUGUGAACCCCAAAAGUGGUGGGAAUCAGGGAGCCAAGAUCAUCCAGUCCUUCAUGUGGUAUCUCAAUCCACGGCAAGUUUUUGACCUGAGCCAGGGUGGACCCAAGGAGGCGCUGGAGCUGUACCGCAAAGUCCACAACCUCCGGAUCCUGGCGUGUGGGGGAGAUGGCACGGUGGGCUGGAUACUCUCCAUUCUGGACCAGUUACGCAUCAACCCACCUCCUCCUGUGGCCAUCCUACCUUUGGGAACAGGGAAUGACUUGGCCAGAACACUGAACUGGGGUGGGGGUUACACGGAUGAGCCUCUGUCUAAGAUCCUGUCUCACGUAGAAGAUGGGAACAUAGUGCAGCUCGAUCGCUGGAACCUCCAUGUGGAGCCAAACCCUGACAUGAACCCUGAGGAAAAGGAUGAAGCAGCCACUGACAAGCUCCCUUUGGAUGUCUUUAACAACUACUUCAGCCUUGGCUUUGACGCACGGGUGACGCUGGAGUUUCACGAAUCCCGAGAGGCCAACCCAGAGAAGUUCAACAGCCGGUUUCGGAAUAAAAUGUUCUAUGCUGGGACGGCCUUCUCUGACUUCCUCACUGGGAGCUCCAAAGACUUGGCAAAGCACGUCAGGCUUGUUUGUGAUGGGACAGACCUGACCUCCAAGAUUCAGGAUUUGAAGCCCCAGUGCCUGGUCUUCCUGAAUAUCCCAAGGUACUGUGCAGGCACCAUGCCCUGGGGCAACCCUGGGGAGCACCACGACUUCGAGCCUCAGCGCCAUGAUGAUGGUUGCAUUGAAGUUAUUGGCUUCACCAUGACAUCCCUGGCUGCCUUGCAGGUCGGUGGCCACGGGGAGCGGCUCUGUCAAUGCCGGCAGGUGGUUCUCACCACGUCCAAGGCCAUCCCCAUGCAGGUGGAUGGAGAACCCUGCAAGCUGGCAGCUUCCUGUAUCCACAUCUCCCUGCGCAACCAAGCAAACAUGGUGCAGAAGACCAAGCGGCGCAACUCCAUGCCUCUGCUCAAUGACCAGCAGCCAGUGCCCGAGCGACUGCGGAUCCGGGUGAGCCGAAUCAGCAUGCGUGACUAUGAGGCACUGAACUAUGACAAGGAAAAGCUCAAGGAAGCCUCUGUGCCACUGGGAAUCAUCGUGGUUCCAGGAGACAGUGACCUGGAGUUGUGCCGGACCCAAAUCGAGAAGCUGCAGGAGGAUUUCCCUCCACAGCCCUGCACUUUAGAGCGCCUGCUCCUUCAGGAGGGAGAUGGAGCCAAGCCGAAGACACUGUCAUUCCAGAAGCUUUCACCCAAGUGGUGCUUCCUGGACUCAACCACAGCCAAUCGGUUCUACAGGAUAGACCGUGCUCAGGAGCACCUCAACUACGUGACAGAGAUCUCUCAGGACGAGCUCUAUGUGCUGGACCCAGAGCUAGUGAUCACCCAGACUGUGAGCACCUCUCCUGCCAUGCCCGACCUCGUGGACUCAUCUGCCACACCCCCUGGGCACCACUUUGCAUUCCCCUCCUCUUCUUCCUCUCCACCCUCUUCUCCUGCCCCCAGUGCUGAGCCUGAGCGCUGCCUCCCACACAGAGAUGAUCUAAUAGAAGCUGCCAAGGGUGGCAACUUCAGCAAGUUCCAAGAGCUGCAUCGAGCUGGAAGAGACCUGAUGGUGCGAGAUUCCUCAGGCCAGACUGUCCUCCACCAUGCCGUCAAAUCAGGGAGCAAGGACAUCGUCAGAUACAUCAUCGAGAACGCCCCUUCAGAAAUCCUUGAUGCCACGGAGGAGGAGAACGGUGAAACCAGCUUGCACCAGGCUGCAGCCUUACGGCAGCGCACUAUCUGCCACUACAUCGUGGAGGCCGGGGCUUCGCUCAUGAAGACAGACCUGCAGGGAGACACCCCGAAGCACCGUGCUGAGAAAGCCAAUGACCCUGACUUAGCCGCCUACCUCGAGAACCGACAGCACUACCAGAUGAUCCAGCGGGAGGACCAGGAGACAGCUGUGUAGUGCUUGGCGUGCCUUAGCCCAAGCCAGCUUGGGCAGGACAAGAGGACAAUGCCAACUGGCAGAGCUAUGAGUCUGGCCCAACCCUCCCUAGAUGUCAGCCUGGUCCUUGGAGAUGGAUACAGCAGAGUUCUGCCCCAGGCUGGGCUUGGGACUCUGUUUAUGAGGACAGUGGGUAUUUCGGACUUGGAGCCUGAUUCUUUGUGCGUCCACUCCUUCACCUCUCAUUCACCACAUUCCCUGCCCUAGAUGGGCUCUAUUCCCUGACCAUAUUGAGGCAAGCCAGGCUGAAGCCCCCAGUCACUCUUGUGCACGGGAGUAAUGCUAGUGCCCCCUCUGCAGGCUCCUGCCUAUGAUCCUUGUGGGAUAUCGUUGCUCAGCACCUUUCUCUGCUGGCAGUGCCCCUCUUUUAGGUGCUUGGCUAGGUUCAUGUCCUGUUCCUCCUCUCCUGUCUGGCACAGCUGCAGGAGGCACAGGUUCUGCAAGCAGACAGAGGCCAUGAGCCUCAGACUUUGCUGCAAGGGAAGCAGCACAACUUACUGCCCCUGCC